GGGAGUGCUCCAGCUGUGAAUAUGCUGAGGGCAUUUGGGUGCAUGGUAGUGUUUCAUGUGCCUAAGGAGAAAAGAGGGAAGUUGGAGGCUUCUGGAAGAUGGGGUGUGCACUUGGGGAUUGCAAAGGAUCACAAGGGGUGGCUGCUAUGGGACUUGACCACCCAGAAGUUGACAGUGUCAAGGGAUGUGAAGUUUCUUGAGUCCCUGUACUACAAGGAAUGGAAGCAGCAGCAACAGAAGCUUCCAUCUACACCGCUCAUUGUGGAGGCAGAUGAGGUGCAGCACCCUUCAAGACAGGUGGAGGUUGCAGUGUCAGAGGAGGAGAUGUCUGGGGUGACUGAGGAAGGGGGAGCAGCUGAAGUAGAGCAGCAGCAGCAGCAGCAGCAUGAGCAAGCCAAAUGUGGUGCAGGCUGGGAGUGUGGUUGAGCAGAUUGAGGAAGAUGAGAUCGCUCACUGCUACUGGGCACCAAUCCCUGAGCCCAAGAC